CGGCCGGGGCUCAGCCAGCAGCAGCGUGCCAGCCAGCGCAAGGCGCAGGUCCGCGCUUUGCCGCGCGCCAAGAAGCUGGAGAAGCUAGGUGUCUUCUCCGCCUGCAAGGCCAACGAGACCUGCAAGUGCAAUGGCUGGAAGAACCCGAAGCCGCCCACCGCGCCCCGCAUGGACCUGCAGCAGCCGGCUGCCAACCUGGGCGAAUUGUGCCGAAGCUGCGAGCACCCCCUGGCUGACCAUGUGUCUCACCUGGAGAAUGUGUCUGAGGACGAGAUCAACCGGCUGCUGGGCAUGGUGGUGGACGUGGAGAACCUGUUCAUGUCUGUGCACAAGGAGGAAGACACGGACACCAAGCAGGUGUAUUUUUACCUCUUCAAGCUCCUGCGGAAAUGCAUCUUGCAGAUGACCCGGCCCGUGGUGGAGGGGUCACUGGGCAGCCCUCCAUUUGAGAAGCCUAACAUUGAGCAGGGUGUGCUCAACUUCGUGCAGUACAAGUUUAGCCACCUGGCUCCCCGGGAGCGCCAGACCAUGUUUGAGCUCUCAAAGAUGUUCCUGCUCUGCCUUAACUACUGGAAGCUGGAGACGCCCGCCCAGUUCCGGCAGAGGUCUCAGUCAGAGGAUGUGGCCACCUACAAGGUCAACUACACCAGGUGGCUGUGUUACUGCCACGUGCCCCAGAGCUGUGACAGCCUCCCUCGAUAUGAGACCACCCAUGUCUUCGGGCGCAGCCUGCUGCGGUCCAUCUUCACUGUCACACGUCGGCAGCUGCUGGAAAAGUUCCGUGUGGAGAAGGACAAGCUGGUGCCUGAGAAGAGGACCCUCAUCCUCACCCACUUCCCAAAGUUCCUGUCCAUGCUGGAGGAGGAGAUCUAUGGGGCAAACUCACCCAUCUGGGAGUCAGGCUUCACCAUGCCACCAUCGGAGGGCACACAACUGGUGCCCAGGCCAGCCACGGUCAGCGCAGCAGUGGUUCCCAGCACCCCAAUCUUUAGCCCCACCAUGGGAGGGGGCAGCAACAGCUCCCUGAGUCUAGAUGCCACGGGCGCUGAGCCCAUGCCAGGAGAAAAGAGGAAGCUACCAGAGAACCUGACGCUGGAGGAUGCUAAACGGCUUCGUGUGAUGGGUGACAUCCCCAUGGAGCUGGUCAAUGAGGUCAUGCUGACCAUUACCGACCCCGCCGCCAUGCUGGGCCCCGAGACCAGCCUGCUGUCAGCCAAUGCUGCACGAGAUGAGACAGCCCGCCUGGAAGAGCGGCGCGGCAUCAUCGAGUUCCAUGUCAUCGGCAACUCCUUGGCGCCCAAGGCCAACCGGCGGGUGCUGCUGUGGCUCGUGGGGCUGCAGAAUGUCUUCUCCCAUCAGCUGCCUCGCAUGCCCAAGGAAUACAUCGCCCGCCUCGUGUUCGACCCGAAGCACAAGACGCUGGCCCUGAUCAAGGACGGCCGUGUCAUCGGUGGGAUCUGCUUCCGCAUGUUCCCCACCCAGGGUUUCACUGAAAUUGUCUUCUGCGCCGUCACCUCCAACGAGCAGGUCAAGGGCUACGGCACGCACCUGAUGAACCACCUGAAGGAGUACCACAUCAAGCACGGCAUCCUCUACUUCCUCACCUACGCCGACGAGUACGCCAUCGGCUACUUCAAGAAGCAGGGCUUCUCCAAGGACAUCAAGGUCCCCAAGAGCCGCUACCUGGGCUACAUCAAGGACUACGAGGGAGCAACGCUAAUGGAGUGUGAGCUGAACCCCCGCAUCCCCUACACGGAGCUGUCCCACAUCAUCAAGAAGCAGAAGGAGAUCAUCAAGAAGCUGAUCGAGCGCAAGCAGGCCCAGAUCCGCAAGGUCUACCCCGGGCUGAGCUGCUUCAAGGAGGGCGUGCGGCAGAUCCCGGUGGAGAGCGUCCCCGGCAUCCGAGAGACGGGCUGGAAGCCCCUGGGGAAGGAAAAGGGCAAGGAACUCAAGGACCCUGACCAGCUGUACACGACCCUCAAAAACCUGCUGGCCCAGAUCAAGUCACACCCCAGCGCGUGGCCCUUCAUGGAGCCUGUGAAGAAGUCUGAGGCCCCCGAUUACUACGAGGUCAUCCGUUUCCCCAUCGACCUGAAGACCAUGACCGAUCGGCUUCGUAGCCGCUACUACGUAACCCGCAAGCUCUUCGUGGCUGACCUGCAGCGGGUCAUUGCCAACUGCCGCGAGUACAACCCGCCGGACAGCGAGUACUGCCGCUGCGCCAGCGCGCUGGAGAAGUUCUUCUACUUCAAGCUCAAGGAGGGCGGGCUCAUCGACAAGUAGCCCCUGCCCCACCUGGGGGAUGAACUCUGUCCGGCCCUGGUGGCCCAGACCCAG